AUGGUGGUGGAUACCUCGCUGUACGACGAGCUGGGUAUUCUUCCCUCCGCAGCGACGGAUGAGAUAAGGGCCGCGUACCGUCGUUUGGCGUUGAAGUACCACCCCGACAAGAAUGGGGGCGACGCGAGGGCGGCUGAGAAGUUUAAGAAGGUGGCCGAGGCUUACGAAAUACUCAGCGACCCCACCAAGCGUAGGCACUACGAUCAGCUGGGGAAGGCGUCUGCUGCGGGGCAAAAUGGCCCCAGCGCUGCUAAUUUCCCCUUUGGGAGUGUGGAUGCGGAGGAACUGUUUCGCCGGUUCUUUGGGGUUUCGACCGGGUGGCGGCUCAUCUGGGGGUCCGCUUC